GUGCUGGUGGGCGGCGGCGCGAAGGGCCAGAGUUGGCUGGACAACAUCACUGAUGAUCUACUGGAGGGCACGCUGCGGGACAUGCAGACGUCGGUGGUGAACUACUCGAAGCCCGUGAUCAACGUGACGUACAUCGCGGACUUCGAGUUCGACAUGCGAGCUAUGGGACAUCUAUACAACUCGACGCACAUGAUCAUCGAUUUCAUAGCUAACAAGCAAGCCUACCCUGAAGGCAUCGUGUCGGUGUCGGACGGGAACGUGGAGCUGGCGCCGAUUCGUGAGCACUGGCGCGACCUGCUGGCGCACUACGCCGGCCCGGUGUCCGUCAUCGUCGUCGUGCUCCUGUUCGCUGUGCUGCUGCCUCUUUUCGGCUUGUUUUGGUGCUGUUGUCAAUGGUGCCGGGUGGGGCGGCGGCGCAGGCCCUUCGACCGAAAGUACGACGCCUGCCUCAAGGGAAUACUCGCCAUCGUGUUCAUCGGUCUCCUCACCUUGUUCCUGUUCGGCGUGGUGUGCGCGUUCGCGACGGACUCGCAGAUCGAGAGCGGCGCGGCGCGCACGCCGGACGCGGUGCGGCGCGGCGUGCGCGACGCGCGCGUGUUCCUGAACGCCACGGCGGCGCACGCGCGCCACCUGCUGGUGGACAACUACGCCGAGCUGGAGGCGGCGCUGGGCGACGCGCUGGCGGCGGGCGGGCGCGCCGUGCUGCGCAAGCUGGACGACUUCACCAGCGCCACGUCCGUGCGCCAGCUCAGCCACAUGGCCGCCAGCCUGGAGCGCGUGCCCGGCGCGCUGCGCGACGUGCAGCGCGCCACCGCCGACCUGCGCGCGCGCGCCGAGGAGCUCAACGCCGGUCUGCGGCAGGUGAAGUCGUCGCUGCUGCGCACGCUGGCGCGCUGCCAGGAGCCGCAGUGCGUGCAGCUGCAGGAGAAGUACAAGAUCGGCCAGCUGGACACCGAGAUACAGUACAACAAGAUCCCGGACGUGUCGGAGCUGCUGUACAACGUGACGCAGCUGGUGGACGGCGACAUGCGCGCCGAGAUCUCAGCCGGCCUGGAGGUGUUCUCGGGCAUCAAGCGCACCGUGGACCAGCACAUCCCGCGCGUGCGCGAGGCCGUCACGGACACGGGCCGGCGCCUGGCGGGCGUGGCGGACGAGCUCACGUGGGCGGCGGGCAACGUGAGCGAGCAGCUGGCGCGCUCCCCCGUGCCCGACGUGCUGCAGGAGGCGCACCGCCGCUACGGGCCCUACCGCAGGCACGGCACGCGCGCCGCCUCCGCCGCGCUGCUGGCGGUGGUGUGCCUGAUGUCGUGGGGGCUGGUGUGCGGUGUGUGCGGCAAGCGGCCCGACGCGUACGGCGCCAGUGACUGCUGUAACAAGGGCGCGGGCUCCUCUUUCCUGCUUUGCGGUAUGUGCUUAAUAUUCGGCGUGGGCGGUAUCAUCGCGAUCGUGAUGUUGGUAUACUUCGUGGUUGGCAUCACAGCGCAGAGGUUCAUUUGCGAUCCGCUCACGGAGCCGCGCGGCAGCCUGGUGUUCGCGGACGUGGAGCGCUUCGUGCAGCUGGAGCGCGCGCUGUUCGACGAGCGCACGGACCCCGACUUCAACCUCACGGCCGUGCUGGCGGCGUGCCACGCCAACCGCUCGCUGUUCGGCGCGCUGCAGCUGCGGCGGCGCUACGACCUGCGGCGCCUGCGCGCGCGCACGGCGGCGCGCGUGGCGGCCAGCGUGGCGGCGCUGCGCACGGACUACCCGCCGCGCGGCCGCCCGCUGCGCAUCCUGUCGCCCGCCGCGCGCCGCCAGCUCGACCGCCUGGCCGCCACCGGCCUGUCCGACUUCGACUUCGACCGCAUCCUCUACGCGCUGGAGACGAACAUGACGUCGCUGUCGCUGGACGGGCUGGCGGCCCAGCUGGAGAGCACGGCGCGCGCCCUGGCCCCGCGCGGGGGCUUCGCCGAGGUGGCGCGCGACCUGCGCUCGGCGGCCGAGCACCUGGCGCGCCUGCACCGCGACGUCGUCUCGCCCAUGCUGCAGCGCACCGCCGAGCUCAACGCCACGGCAUCAGAACUACGCGACGUGCUUCGUUUCAACCAGUCGUCAUUGAGAGAGGCCAUCAACCAGCGCAUUCGCGACACGACUGAAGUGGAGCUGUUCCUCAACACUCAGGGCCCCGACCUCGUCCAGAACCUGACGCGCGACUUCGCGGAGACGAUGGGCGCGCGGCUGCAGCAGUACCUGUCCAUGGUGGCGGCGGCGGCGGAGCGCGACGUGGGCCGCUGCGCGCCGCUGUCGCACGCCUUCAACUCCACGCGCGACGCCGCCUGCCGCGCGCUGCUCAUGCCCGCGAACGGCUACUGGAUCUCGCUGGCGUGGUGCGUGCUGCUGUUCGCGCCGCUGCUGGCGGUGGCGCAGCGCCUGGCGCGCCUGUACCGCCGCCCCGAGCCCUACCCCGGCCCGCUGGUGGAGGCCGAGUAUUUGUAUGACGCGUACGCGGACCGCGAUAACGUACCCCUCGCCAAAGGGUCGAAGCGCAGCACGCUGGACAUCGAGGGCAAGAUCGCGGAGUGGCGCGGGCGCGCGGCGGGCGAGGAGGCGGGCGGCACGCGCGUGCUGCUGCAGGGCCGCGAGGUGGUGUGCCGCCUGCUGCCCGCCCCGCCCCUGCCGCCCCUGCCGCCCCUGGCGCCCCUCGCGCCCCUCGCGCCGCCCGCCGCGCUCAUCGACGACCUGAAGACGCGCCUCGACGCCAAGGACGAGGACAACGAGUCCGGCAUACACGAGUCCGAGUAG